AUGGACGUCAGACGUGUCGCUCUUGUAGUUGGCGCCUCAAGAGGUAUCGGCAGGCAGGUCGCGAUCGAUCUCGCUCUCGCGAAGGAGGGUUAUGCAGUCGUUGUCGCGGCCAAAUCAAUCAGCGAUGCUCAGAGUGCCGUGCCUUUCCCGCCGGACCCAAACUCCCCUCAAUCAACCAUCAGCACCGUCGAGCGAGAGAUACGGCAAUCGGGAGGUGAGGCAACGGCAAUUGCCGUGGAUGUCCGCGAUUUUGCAAGCGUCCAGGCUCUGGUGGAUAAGACAGUCGAAACAUAUGGCCGCCUAGAUGUCUUGGUAUACAACUCGGGCGCCAUAUGGUGGGCGUCUGUGGAAGACACCCCGAUGAAGCGGUUCCAGCUAAUGCAGCGUGUGAACCCGGAGGGACUCUACGGCAUCAUCCAGUCUGCCCUACCGCAUCUGAAGAAGCAUCGCAUAGGUCGGAUUAUCGUCGUCAGCCCACCUAUAUACAGUCGCUUCUUCAGGGGAAAGACGGCGUACGCCAUGGGCAAGAUUGGCAUGAGCGUCUUGACUAAAGGGCUAGCGAUGGAUUUCGAGAGGCAGGGUCUCGGAGAAAUGGCCAUAACCAGCAUAUGGCCCACGGCCGCCAUCGAGUCUGGCGCAACACGCCAGAUGGUCGAGAAGAACCCUGAUGAAGCACGGCAACUCAGGAAAGCGACCAUCUUCUCGGAUGCCAUCUUGACCAUGCUGCGAGCGCCAGCUGUGAGCGUCAACGGCCGACUCGAGCUCGAUGAGGACUACCUCAGAAGUGACGCUGGCGUCACCGACUUCUCCAAGUUUUCAUUGGUUUCUGGCUCCUCGCCCAGAAGGAUCAUGCCCGCUGAGCUGCCGGACUUGUCGGUCAAAGAGCAGGACGACGAGGGUAACAGGAUGAAUAGUGCCAAGGAUAGGUCGAAGUUGUGA